AUGGAAAUAUUCCAACAAACUUAUUGUAUUGAUUAUAAUGGAUGGGUCUCGGGAGUUUCGUCGGCGCCGCCGCCGAAACAAAUCGAUUUUGCCUCGCAGACGAUUCCGGAAUUAAUUUACACGAAAACUGGAAAUGACCGUGUGGCUGCGGUUUUCGACGCCGAAUCUCAGAAUUACACGUUCUCCAAAAUCAUCAGCGAAAUGGAAACACUGGCUGCCGGAUUUCUGUCGAUUGGUCUAAAACAGGGCGACCGUGUGCUGGUCGCUGGAAGCAAUCAUUCCCAGGUAAUGAUCUGCGCAUUGGCAUGUGCUCGCGCUGGACUCGUCUUCUCAUUGGUGAACCCAAAUUUUCCCAACAGCCAUCAACUCGAGCGCGCUCUGAUAACCGGCGAUUUCACUGCGAUUGUUUGCUUCCGCGCUCAUCAGUACGACGCCGAUCAUUUGUAUUCGCUUCUUGUCGAACUCGCGCCCGAACUAAUGACGUUCCGCAAGGGGGCGCUCAAAUUGAACGCGUUGCCGAAAUUGACGCACGUGAUUCUCGGCGAAGAGGAGCAUCGACAUGCUGGCUCUUUCACAUUAUCCGAGGUGUUUCUGAAGUCGACGAAAGAAAAAAUCGCCAAACUUCCGGAUUACAAUAAAUGGUCGAGUCAUAAACUUGCCUGCCUUCAGUUUACACUAGGUACCACUGGCGAUCAGAAACUCGUCGCCCUGUCCCACUAUCAAAUGCUGAAUGGCGCGCGAGCGGUGGCGAACGCGUUCGGAAUCAACAAGGAACAUGUUCUAGCGUGCGCUCUUCCAAUCUUUCGUAUCGCGAUAUUCAAUCUCGUGUGUUUGUCGCCGUUCCUCACCGAAUGCCGCUCGGUGUUUCCCGAGCCGUCGCCAUUGCCGAAGAACUUGUUCGCGAGUGUCAGCAAGUACAAAUGCACCACACUGUUGUCGAACGGCGCGGCUCUUCGUCUUCUGCUGAAAAUCAGCCAAACCCAAAGAGUCAAGCUCGCCGCUUUGGAGAAUAUCUUGCUUAUCGGAGAUCGAGUGUCGAAAGAGGUCCUUCGUUUAAUCAAAAUCCAGGCGGAAAAUGUGAAAAUUAUAGCGGUUGGCUAUUUGCUCACGGAAACUGGCUCAAUUCCAAUUAUGGGCGAUCAAAAUACGGAUUUCACGCGAACAAUUGGCAAACCGAUUGCAGGAUAUGAGGCCCAUCUGAUUCCAUUGGACGGUAGCGAAAAUGCGGUCGAAGUUGGGAAACUCGGCAAAUUGCUGAUUCGCGUCUAUUAUGGCUCAACUUUUAUGGGCUACGCGCCAGAUACGCACGGCAAAGAGAAAUGGGUGGAUACUGGAGAUAUUGCUCGGCAAGAUGAAAACGGCGCGUUUGAAAUUGUCACCAAUGAGGAGGAUUUGAUUUAUGACAAAAAUAAUUGCAUAAUUGAGCAUUGGAAUGUCGAAAGGCUUCUCAAUCAGAAUGAUUUGCUUAAAGGGAUUCAGGUGGUGUCCAAAGGACGAGACCAACCAGUCACCGCUGUUUGUGUUGCCCGAAAUCGGCAAUUUAAUGCGGCUCAAUUGAAGGAUGAGCUCAAAAAUAUGUGUCGAAAUCAUCGGUUCCCCGUACCCGAAGCUUUUGCAUUUGUCGACGAAUUUCCGCGAGUCCACACGAAAAUUCAAAAAUUCCGCAUUCGCGCCAUGCUCGUUUCUGGCGAAAUUGCGGUGUUUUAA